AUGUUAUUUAUAGGUUUAUUCAUACUAAUAAAGAUUACAAAUACAGAGAAUAAAUUUUGUUAAUGUAAUAGUGGAUAAGAAAAUGUAUAAUUUUGUUUUGAUGCUAUUGAAAAUUGUUUGGAUUGCUCUAAUUAUGAAGUAGAACAAAAUAAUGUUUGUAUAAGUACAACAACAUGUGAUUAAGCAGAAUAAUAAUAAAAAGCUUGUAAGAAAUGCGGGGAAUAGUAUUUUUUGUCAAAUGGUAAAUGUUGGAAAGGAAGAAAAAAUUGCGAAUAUUAAAUAGAUGAUUAAUGUUAAAAAUGUAAUUCUACAUUUUUAUUGAAAAAUUCAAAAGAUAAUAUUAAGAUUUGCAUCAGUAAAGAAAUAUUGAAUUGCAAAUAUUAUUAAGAAUAAUCAGAAUAAUGUGAAGAAUGUGAGAUUAAUUAUCAUUAAUCUGUUAACAAGACUUUAUGCUAUUAAAAUAUAAAAAAUUGUGAUUAACAUAUUGAUGAUAAAUGUAGUAAAUGUAUUUCUGGGUAUGCAGAACAUACAAAUUAAACAUUUUGUUUCCCUGAAAUUUUAAAUUGCAAACUUAAACAAACAAUAUAUCUUGAUGAAACCUAAAGAACAUAUUGUUCUGAGUGUAAAGACAAUUAUGAACCUACUGGAAAUAAAUAAUGUUCAAUAAUGAAUAAAGAGUGUCUUUUAUUUAAUUUAGAUUUGACUGUAUGUUUAAAAUGCAAUAAUAAUUUCAUAAUAAAUUAAGUUACAAGAUUGUGUGAAUACUGUCCAAUUAACUAUUGUAGUACUUGUGGAGAUUCGACUAUUUUUGUUAAAAUUUGUUCAUAAUGUUAAACUGGUUAUGUAAAAGGAUCAAAUGCUCUGUCUUGUAUAGGUUAAUGUGAAAGUUAAAAUUCAAUAAUGACAAAUUGUGUUACAUGUUCAAAUUAAACUUGUACAAAAUGUUCAGAUGGCUAUUUCAUUAAUCCUUAAGGGAAAUGUACUGCAUGUUCUGCAAAAUAUGCAAGUUGUGAAUAAUGUAUAAUAAAUAAAUGUAUAAGCUGUUCUAAUAAUUAUUAUUAUGAUAAUAGUAAAUAAUAUUGUUAUUUAUGUUCAAGUUUUAAUACUGGUUGUUAAACUUGUUUAAAUACAUUAACAUAAGGAACAACAAAUAAUAUUAUAUGUUAAAAAUGUGAACAAGGAUUUGUAUUAACAAGUACAUAGUAAUGUAAGAAGUGUAAUUAACUAUUUGAAAAUUGUGAUACUUGUAGUAAUUUAGGUAGCAAUUUUUAAUGUAUUACUUGUUUACCAGGUUUUUUAAAAGUAGCAGAAGAUAAAUCUGAAAUUUAUUAUUGUUUAGAUUGUUCUGGAAGUAUUACUAAUUUAUAAAACUGUUAUGAAUGUGAAUCAUAAAUUAGUACUUAAGAAAAAAGAAAAUAUACUUGCAACUAAUGCAAAGAUGGUUAUUAUUUAGAGUAAUAGACAUGUCUACCAUGUCCCUCUACUUGUACUUAAUGUACUACAUCUACAACUUGUACAAAAUGUUAAAGAUCUCUUAUACUUUUUAAUGGUUAAUGUACUGAAGAUACAACUGCAUUUUUAUUGACUUCAACUACAAAUUCUGAUGAUGCCUUAGCUUAUGCUAAUAUACUUAUUACUAAAUCAAGUCUGGGACCUCAUCCAUUUAUAGGUACUCUUAACUCAAAAGGAUUUUUCUGUUAAAGUGAUAAAUAAUGUAAUAUGUACGGUAGAUGUCUUUUAAUCUCUUGUAAAUGCAUUAAAAAUAUUGCAGGUAGUAGAUGUCAAUUCACAACUACUUCUGAUUUCAUUAAAUUAUAAACAGAAUUACUUACAUACUUAAAUACUUAAAAUUAAUAUGAUCCUAAUUUUGUUGAAAUUAUAUAAUAGAUUUCAGAUACAACCUAUGCUGUUACAGAAAGCAACAUUAAAUCAUUUUAGUAAUUUCUUGAUAAAUAAAUUAUAUAAUAAUUUGAUUUAAAAUACUUUACUGCUAUUGGAGCUAUCUCUAAAAACUUAUUUUAAUAAGAAAAUAUAGCUACACAAAAAUUAUUCAAUCUUGAUAAUUCAUUAUUUAAUGCUAUUUUAAAAUAGGCAGAAUCAAUUAUGAUAUCCGAAAUAUAAACUACUGCUGGACCAUUCCAUAAAUAAAUUAUUGGAAAAUUUGAUCUUUUUAGUGAUGAUUCAUUCUCCACAUUUAAAUUUAACUUUGUAAAAUCUUAUGGUACAUGUGAUAAUGAUAAGAAAUUACUUACUCCAUAAAUUCAUUUAACAGAUGAAAACUUAGCAGAAAUAAAAAUUCUACAAUCUGAUGCUCAAACUCCUCUAAUUUUUAACUAAAUGCAUCUUUAUUAUUAAAAUCAUAGAUCAUCAGGUUAAACUAUAAAUUCUACAAUAUCAAGAAUUUAAAUUAUAAAAUCUGGUAAAUUAUUAAGUGUUAGUGGAAUGAAUAUGAUAAUUGUUGUUCCAAAAAGUGAUUAAUAUUAUGCAGAUGUACAUGAAAAUAACGUUUGCGUAUAAUGGAAUGAAGAUAAAUAAAUAUGGGAAAAUACAAGAGCUACCUUAUUGAAAUGUAAAUAUUACACUGUCUGUUAAGUUAGUUCUUUAGGUGAUUUUGGUACUUAUGUUUAGAUUGUUAAAAAUAUUACAAAUAAUUAAUCAAGUUUAUCAAGCAUAUUUGAAAUUCCUUAAGAAUUUGAAUUUGUAAAGACUGUAUAAAAUUGUGCUUUUGCUAUAUCAAUGACAUUGAUUGGAUUAUUUUUAACUUUAAUGACUUUAUUAUGUAUUUUAUAUAAUAGACCAAUAAAAACGAAGAAGAAAAAGAAAUACUCAGAUAUAUAUGAGACUGGUUAAAGUGGUCAUGUUUUAGUUUAGAAUCCAUCAAAUUAAAUGAGAAUUAGAAAGAAAUCUAAAAAUUUUUGGAGUGUUUAUCCAAUAAAUGCAAUUUUCACAGCUUCAUCUUUAGAAUUUUCUUUAUAAAAGUUAUCACUUUAUUUAAUAUAAAUACAGAUGUAUGUAACAUUUACAUCUGUAUAUUUAUCAUCUUUGCCAUUUAAAUUUGGAAUGUUAACAGCUUAUUAUUUAUUAGUAAUAAUAUAGACAUGGAUUUGUAAUUAUUUAUAUGGUGGAUUGGCAUUAGCUUUUAGAAAGAAGAGAAAAGGAAAAGUAUUAGGUUUUUAUUGGAUUUUAUGGGUAAUAUUAUUUAUUGGGAAUAUGAUAAUAGGGAUUUGGUAGAUGUAUGGAUUAGAAUUUAAGUUUGAUAUGUAUUUAUUGGUAGGUGUAUUAAUUGAAUUUGUUUUAGAUUCAAUAUUUUGUGAUUUAUUUUUAACAUAUCUAUAUUAGAGUUUAUUUAUAGAUGAAGUAGUGGGAGUAUUUAAGAUAAUAAAAUUUAAAGGAUAUUAUGAAUAAUGA